UUAGACUAAUUUGUAGGAGCAAAUGUCCACCACUCUUACAAUGUUUAAUUUACUCUCAGUUAUAUCUGUUAGCCAGAGCUAGGUUGAGGGAACAUUGGCCAAUAUUGAUAUUUAAAAAGUUUGGUUUUAUAAAAAUAUAAGAAUGAUUUGCAGUGAGCUUAUCAAUUGUUUGUAAAAGCCGUUUAGAAAUGUUGAAUUUUGUUACUUGGCAGAAAAGUCUCCUUGUUGAUGCUUCAUUUUGUUUUAAAUCUGUUUGUCCAGAGAAGCACAGAAAGUUGCAGCUCUGUGGGAAUUUCAAGAAGCAUUAAAAUUAAUGAUGCACAUUUGCUUUUGGGAAAUAUACCACUAAGAUAAAUAUCCCAAUAGGAUUAAAAACCUAGAAAAUUUUACUUCUGUUUAAUUUCUAUUUUUCUCAAGGCUUAUAAUAAUGUUUAAGAGAGACGUAGCCCGUCAGACUUUCACAUCAGCUGGCUGAGUAUCAUCAAUUACAGACAGAGAACUGUUCACCUUCUGUGAAAAUUUUUCACUUUCAUUUAAAAUGUCAUCUAAAGGCAAAUUGUUCUUAAGGAAACUUUCGUUUCUCAUGACUUCCCUUAUUUUUAUAGUUUCAUGUAUUUCAACAGAUUUUUUUCAUAUUCUAUGAACAACAUUAAUGGCCAAAUAACACUUCUGUUGUUUAGCUAGUUAUGUAGCAAAAUACGGUUGUGCCAAAAAAAUAACUUAAAUCUGGUACUGCUUUGAUCGUUAAAUAGAUACGUCACUAUUACUCCUUAUCGUGAUGUGUUUGUGCCAACCUGGUUUUGCCUUUAGGUUGGCAUGGACAAAGCCCUCAAUCAACUUUCUGUGCCUUUGGGACAGUUACGAGAAGUUCUGAGUCUCAGGUCAUCUGUCAGUGAAGGAAUUCGGGCAGUAGAUGAACGAAUGUGUAAACAAGAGGACAUAAGGAAGAAAAAGCGUAUAGCCCACAUUACGGCCAUGCUGCAGCAGUCCCUGGGAGGCCUGCUGCUAGAAGGGCUUCAGACUUCCAAUGUGGACAUCAUACGGCACUGCCUCCAGACUUUCGCUACAAUUGACAAGACACGGGAUGCAGAGGCGUUAGUCGGUCAACUACUGGUGAAACCGUACAUGGAUGAGGUGAUUGUAGAGCAGAUCGUUGAGUCUCAUCCGGACGGCCUGAAGAUCAUGUAUGCUAGUAAGCUCCUGGAGUUCGUUCCUCACCACUGCCGUCUUCUUCGAGAGGUCACAGGAGGAGCCAUCUCAAGCCCUCAGCUGUCCCACCUGUCCAGAGCUCUGCAGCCUUCCUGAGUCGCUCGUGGCUUCUCAUCGCCCACAGAGGAACAUCCAGUCUUCCUGGCGCAACCUGUGACCCUUGGUGCUUGAGUCCUAGUGGUUCUCCGCUGUACAACUUUCUACUGUGGAACUUUCCCCCAUACCACUAUGGUUCCUGGCCAGACAGCACUUAACCUUCCCUAACACACCUGGUACAGAAGAUCCCUAACUUCACCUUGGUUCAGUUUAUGGUUUUUUGACUUUUUAUAAUAGUGCAGAAGUGAUAUGCGUUUAGUUUGGAUCUUUUCCCAGGCUGGCGAUCUACAGUAGGGUCCUCUUUUGUAAUGCUGGGCAGGGGCAGCGAGCACAGCCCCCAGGCAAACCACGUGAUCACGAGGGUCAGCAACCAACACACUUGAACCAUCCUGUUCUGGCUUUCGGUGCAGUGUUCAGUAAGUUACAUGAGAUACCAGACACUUUAUUGUGAAAUAGGCUUUGUGUUAGAGGAUUUUGCCCAACUGUGCAAUACUGUAAGUGUUCUCAACACAUUUAAGGUUGGCGGGGCUAAGCUCUGAUGUUCAGUCGCUUAGGUGUUUUCCAUGCAUUUUCAACUAAAGAGAUUUCCAGCUGAACAAUGGGUUUAUUAGAAGCCGAGGCUGUCAUAAGCCGAGGAACAUCUGUCUGUACUGUGCGCCUCUGUGUUUUCCUUCAUUGCUUCCUGUCUCAUAUCCCUCUGUCUUUCUGCUGAUCUGUCACUCCACAUGAAGCUCCAGUCAAAUACAAAUUCUUUUUUUUUUAGGUUAUUUAUUUAUUUACUUAUUAGAGAAAGCAUAAGCAGAGGGGGAGGCAAAGAGUGAAGCAGGCUCCCCACUGAGCAGGGAGCCCGAUGUGGGACUCGAUCCCAGGACCCUGAGAUCAUGACCUGAGCCACCCAAGCGCCCCCAGGCUAUGAUUAUUUCAAGAAAAAGUCCUAUUUGUGAAUUCUUUAUCUAGUGAAGAUGAGUUAAAAUCAGAAAGUCAACUCUGCCACCUUUAAAAACCCAGGAACAGAAAAAAAUUCCACGAGCAGGUAUAACCCUAUCCACAAUAAAUCAAUUUCAAUCCAGUCCUGAAAACUAAUACAGAGUAGGAAGAAAGCAUUACAGAAAAAUUUUUUCAUUAAUCAAGCUGGAAAAUAACGGGCCUUACACGAAUGCCCUUUAGGAAGACAGUUCUUACAGUUUUAUGUUGAUGGAAACUAACAUUACAUUCGAAAUGCAUGUUAAAACCAUGACUGUAGACUAACUACCACUUUCAGUCAUCAGAAGAUGAAAAAUGGUCAAGAGUCACCCAAACUGAAUCCUGGUUCCUCCUGGAAAAUGUGUUCCUAAAUAUUUUCCCCCUUAACUACUGUGCUCUUUCUGUAUCUUACACAGCAGACACUGCGAUGCACAAACACAUCCAGAAGGCCUUUGAGGGCUGACAGCCUGCUGGAACAAUGAGGAAUUCACCCGGGUUUCUGCCUUUCUGCCGGGCCCAGAACGUUCUGGAUAACCCAGGUGACGUGUCAUGAGAAUACAAGUGUACCUCACACCAUGCCCUCAAGAACAUUAACACUGCUGAAAGGGGAGGCCAAGGCCAGGUUCUUAGGAGGCCCUGCACCAAAGUCAUCAUCCCGUUUCCUCACUGUGAUGACGAAGCAUGAGUACAUUGGCAAAUUUGAAAUUAUUGAUGACCACAGAGCUGGGAAAAUUGCUGUGAACCUCACGGGCAAGUUAAACAAGUGUGGCAUGACCAGCCCUAGACUUGUAUAACUGAAAGAUCUAGAAAAGUGGCAGAAUAUUUCCAUCCCCUCAGUUUGGUUUCACUGCGUGGAAAAAUUCUUCUGGCAUCAUGCACCAUGAAGAAGGAAGAAUUCAGGCAGGAGGGAAAAUCCUGGGAUUCCUUUUUCCUAGAAAUAUAAUAUACAUGGCACGUGAAAUGCCUCAAUGGGGGGAAAAAAAAAGGAAAAUAAGUUACAGUCAACUAAUGUUUGACAAGGGUGCCAAACAAUUCAAUGAGGGUAAGAACAGUAUUUUACUCCCAAGCAGCCACAUGCAAAUAAUGAAACAGGAGUCCUGCCUCACACCAUACAGAGAAAAUAACCCAAAAUGCAUCAAAGACAUAAAUGUAAGCAUUAAAAUGAUAAAGUUUGGGAUGCCUGGGUAGCUCAGUUGGUUGAAUGCCUGCCUUCUGCUCAGGUCAUGAUCCCGGAGUUCCCAGAUCGAGUCCUGCAUCAGGCUCCCAGCUCCACAGGGAGUCUGCUUCUCCCUCUGACCUUCUCCUCGCUCAUGCUCUCUCUCAUUGUCUCUUUCUCAAAUAAAUAAAUAAAAUCUUUUAAAAAAUAAAAAUAAAAUAAAAUGAUAAAGUUUUCAGAAGAAAACACAAAGGUAAAUGUUACUGGUCUUGAAUCUAACAACGGCUCCUCAGCCAUAACACCAAAGUACAAGCAACUUAAAAAAAAAUAAUAAACAAAUAAAUGGGACUCAACCAAAAUGUCCCAGUUUUGUGCUUCCAAGGACCCCAUUGACAAAGUCAAAAGACAAGCCACUAAAUGGGAGAAAAUAUUUGCAGGUCAUAUAUAAGGAACAUGCAUUCAGACUGUGUGAAGAAUUCUUACAACUCAAAUAAAAAGACAACCCAGUUAAGAAAUGAGCAAAGAGGGGCGCCUGGGUGGCUCAGCGGGUUAAGCUGCUGCCUUCGGCUCAGGUCAUGAACUUGGAGUCCUGGGAUCGAGCCCCGCAUCGGGCUCUCUGCUCAGCAGGGAGCCUGCUUCUUCCUCUCUCUCUGCCUGCCUCUCUGCCUGCUUGUGAUCUCUCUCAAUAAAUCUCUCUCAAAUAAAUAAAUAAAAUCUUUUAAAAAAAAAAGAGCAAAGAACUUGAAUACACAUUUCUCCAAUAUUCUCAAUGUAUACAUUAAUAUAUAAAUGUAUAUAUAAAUAUAUUUUAUAUUAUCAUAUAUUUAUAUAAACAUUUAUGUAAAUAUAUUUACAUUCUUAAAUAUGUAUUUAAAUAUAAAUAAAAUAUGAAAUAUAUAAUAUAUAUUUAAAGAUACAUAUAAGGUAUAUAUAAAAUAUAUGGGACAAUAAGCACGUGAAAAUAUGUUCAACAUCACUAAUCAUUUGGGAAAUGCAAAUCAAAACCAUGGUGAGAUACCACCUCCCACCCACGUGGAUGGCUACUAUCAAAAAACCCAAAAGCAGGUGUUGGAAGUAUGUGAAGAGCUGGAAACUGUAAAUUGCUGGUGGGCUUGAAAAAUGGCGCAGCCACAUUAGAAACGGUUUAGUAGCUCCUCAAAAUGCUGAACACAGAGUUGCCAUAUGACACACCAAUAUCACUCCUGUGAAAAAACUAUGCCCACACAAAAACUUGUGCAUGAAGGUUUAGGGUUUAUUCAUAAUAGCAAAAAGGUGAGAACAACCCAGAUGUUCAUCAACUGAUGAACAGAUAAAUAAAAUGUGAUCCAGCCAGCCAGUGGAAUAUUAUUCAGCCUUGAAAAGGAAUAGAAUUUUGAUAUGUGCAACGACACAGAGGAUCCUUGAAAACAUUCUGCUGAUUGAGAGAAGUCAGUCACAGAAGACCACAUAUUGCAUAAUUUGAUUUAUAUGGAAUUUCCAGAAUAGCUAAAUCUACAGAGACCGAAAGUAGAUUAGUGGUUGCCUAAGACUGAUGGUGAUGGCUAAAGUUUUCUUUUGAGGAUGAUGAAAAUGUGUAGGUAGUUCAGUAUAGUAUAGUUAACUAUAGUGAAAGCCAUUAAAUUGUCCACAUUAGAUGGUGAGUGUUAUGGCCUGUGAAUUAUAUCUCAAUUAAGCUGUCAUCAAAAAAUGCAAAGAACUUCUAUAUUUAUCAAGUAGAAAAAGAAUGAACUUGAUUAAAAACAUCAAAAUGGGGAAAAUAAAAAUAAACAAAAUAAGAUGGGAGGAAUAAAAUCAUGACUGUUUAUCAUUAAUUUAAAUGUGUACAGACUGACUUUCUAUUAAAGCGCCUAUCAGGGGGUUACAGAUCCAUGCUGUUCAAGAAACAUACUUAAAAUGCAAAAGGGAUUGAGAAUGUGUCAGGUGAGGAGAUACCAUGCAAAAGAGAAAGCCGGAAUGGCAAAAUUCAUCGCAGACAAGUUGGGUCUAAAGUUAUAGGUACUAAGAUGAAGAGGGACAUUUUUAAAGGCAGAGUUUGGAAAGAAGAUGUAAAAGGUAUAAGCAGGUAUACAUCUAACAACAUAAUACCUAAAGACUCUAAAAAUGCAAUAACAAGGUAAAAUUUUAGCUUUUCAAAUGGGAGUAUCUACUAGAAGGAGGGAAAAACAAGUAUCUACUAGAAGGAGGGAAAAACAGAAAAUAGACAUCCUGGGGCGCCUGAGUGGCUCAGUGGGUUAAAGCCUCUGCGUUUGGCUCAGGUCAUGAUCCCAGGGUCCUAGGAUUGAGCCCCACAUCGGGCUCUCUGCUCCGCGGGGAGCCUGCUUCCUCCUCCCUCUCACUCUCUGCCUGCCUUUCUGCCUACUUGUGAUCUCUGUCUGUCAAAUAAAUAAAUAAAAUCUUUAAAAAAAAAAAAAGAAAAUAGACAUCCUUAUUUCCCUCGGAAAACAUUUCUUUCUUACACCUAAGAAAAGCCAUAUUUGUAAAGAUUAAUUGCAUACUAGGCAACAAAGGGAACCUUUACAGGCCUUCCAAAUUAAAGAUUUAAAGAACAGUUCUUUGAUCACAAUCCAGUAGAAUCAGAAUUAGAUAACCUGGUAACAAAAAAUUGAAACUAUAUACAAGUUAAGAAAUACAGUCUUCAGUCAAAGAAGAAAUCAUAAGACAACUGAAGAAAAUCUUGAAAGCAAUGGAAAGGAGACUAUUUCAAAAUACCAAAACUUACAGAAGACACCAGAAGUUAUACUCUAAGGAGACUUUAGUGUCAAAUGUCUUCAAUUUCAAACAUUAUUUGAAUAUAAGAAACUACUCAUUUAAACCCAUCAGAAAAGGGCAGCUCAAUCAAAAGCAAGGAAGUAAUUAUAAUAAAGAUAAAUUUUUAAACUAAUAAAAAAUAUGAGGGGCAAAUAAACUCAAAGUUGUUUCUAUGAAAGACUAUGAAAUAAUAAAAAAAAAAAAAAAACUUCACAUGUCCUAUUAAGGAUAAGAG